CGUGUGUAGUUUGUAGCUUUACUACUACGUGACGGAAGGACUAGCUGUAGUAGGCCUACAGCAAUCUUACGGCUAACGAUAAAUCAGAAAUUUUAACUUCUGACUGUUAUAAUAACGUCCACGCAGAUUCAAAGUUUGAUAAUCUUUGUUUGAGGAGGUAAAAUGGCAAUAGCUGGAUGAACAAGGUAACAAGACAUUGAUCAACGGAGCAAAGCGAAACACACCACCAGACUGUCAUAGCCUAAAACGGGACAUCAUGACAUUGUCCACUUAUUAAGGAUGAUUGAAGCACCCGUGAAGUCUAUGAGCACCCUGAGAUCUAGUUAAAUGUUUUCCUUCAAGCCUGUGUUAAGGAAAUAAAAAAACAUGUUUGAGAAUUUCAGAGGGAGAAUGCAAACGGUACAGCAGGAUUUCACAUCAGGAAUCAAGACCCUGAGUGACAAAUCCAAGGAGGCUAAAGUAAAGAAGAAACAGAGAAGAGAUGAGCACCUUCCUCAAUAUUCUGCUGGAGUGGAGCUACUCAGUCGGUAUGAAGACACUUGGGUGGCUCUUCACAAGCGAGCUAAAGAGUGUGCCAAGAAUGGGGAAACUGUGGAUAGGGAGGUAGUAAUGCUGUGUGCACAUUGGGAGAAUAGACGAAGAGCUGUGUUGGAGCUACAGGAACAACUUCAGCAGAUUCCUGCGUUUCUAUCUGAGCUGGAGACAAUCACUUCAAGGAUAGCUCAUCUGGAGGCUGAUUUUGAGGAAAUGGAGAGUCGUCUUAUUAAUCUGGAAGAUGUGUGUGCUCAGUGUGAACAUCAACGCUUCAAACACUUUCAGAUCCUUCAGCUGGAAAACUACAAGAAGAAGAAAAGGAAAGAACUCGAGUCUUUCAAAGCAGAGCUUGAUGUAGAACAUGCCCAGAAAGUUUUGUUGAUUGAACAUACACAGCAGGUCACGCUAAAGGAGCGACAGAAAUUCUUUGAGGAAGCAUUUCAGCAAGAGAUGGAACAGUACCUCUCUACAGGAUACCUCCAGAUCACUGAUAGGAGAGGUAGUAUGUCCUCAAUGGAGGUGAAUAUUGAUCUGCUGGAACAAAUGGAUCUUACAGAUGUGUCUGACCACGAGGCUCUCGAUGUCUUCCUCAGCUCUGUUGGGGAAGAGAAUGGUGCUUCAGCUCCUGACACAGCUGGUGGCCCAGCUCUGGAAACUGGCACAUCCCCAUCAGAGAUCAGCCUGAAGGUGCCAUCUCAGACAGAGCAAUGGCAGACUGACUCCACCAUCUCCUCCUCCUUCACUGACACUAUCAGUGGUGUGACCGAGGGUCCGGAUGAUGAAGAGGAAACCAGUGAGGAAAGCUGCUGUGGAGAAUUCCCGCUAGUCCAGUCAGAUGAGGAGGAGGUACAAGCUGACACUGCCAUCAUGGGUCUGGCAGAAACAGAGGAGCCACUCAAGAGCUCAGAUGACAGUGACGCACAGGCCCCCUAGUGGCCAUGGAGGGGAAGCAUGCUCGGAUCAAGCUGGUUUCUUGUGAUGAAACCCUGUUUUACAUCAAGGCCUGGAUAGGAGAAACUGAACAUUUAUUCACGGCUUAGUGUGGCACUUUGAGAUGAGGAUUUUGGAGCCUUGUUAGAACACUCUUUCAGACUAAUAGCACUGUGAUUUUUUUUUUUUUUUUUCACUUAAAAUCAAUACAACGUAUGAUAAUACAGUUCUUCGUAUUAUAAAGGAAAACCUGCUGCAUCAGAAAUAUAUAGAAAAUAAUAAACAUUUUACAGUGUUCCUGCUAAUAUCACUGAUGUAUGUUGCAUGAAUUUGUGAUGCAAAUCUCAUUUUUGUAUAGGAGAUAAUUGAUCCUAUUGAAAUAAUACACUGAAAUAAAUUCUACCAUGAAAUAAUAUAAGCCUCAUGGACCAUAUCAGUGUAGGACUAAUAGUUAAC